GAGGAGCUUGCUUGAGGCCGUAGACCGGGCGGCGAAGUUCCCAAACGGUGUUGGGAGGGAAAGGGAGGUGCCAGCCCUCGGGACGCUCCAUGAAGAUGCGCUCAUGGAGUUCACCUUGGAGAAAUGCCGUGGUGACAUCCAUCGAGUGCAGGAUCAUGCCGCGCCGGCCAACGAAGUCCAAGAACACGCGGACGACAGGGGGAGUGGCGGUCGGCGAGGCGGGUACGUCGAUGAAGGUGCCGUUGCGGACAAAGGCCUCGUUCUCUUUGAGGACUGCCUUGCCCCAAUGAGGGUGGUCGGGGCAUGUCAUAGCUUCGUGAUAAUCUCCCGGCUCGAAGAUGAUGGGCGCACCGGAGAAGACCAGUACCGGAGCGCCGGUCAUGCUGAAGGCGACUGCUUGGGUGUUGGAGAAGAGGUGGAGGCGAAGAAAUUCACCAUGGGAAUGGUGAUUGAGGAAUUCACCGCCGCCAUCGGAAUGGAAGCGGCGAACGGGACGACCGAAGUGGGUGCGCGCCUGCUCGGCCCAGGCGAUGAUAAAGGCCGAUGCUUCGGCCUUCGUGCGAAGGAGGGAGACCGAGGUGUAUCGUGAGGGAAAUGGGGUAAAGCCAGGAGGUCCGGUGGGGGCCUGCGCAGGAGGAGCAGGAGCAGACAGGCCAGAGCUCCAGGCGGAGGGAGGGGAGGGCUGCUGCUGAGACUGCUGGUGCUGCUGAGACUGUU